AUGCGGGAGGCCGCGCUCGCCCACUCCCUCUCCCAAACGCUAGCCUCCGCCCACCCGCUCCUCCUCAUCCUCGUCUCCCCCUCCGCCUCCCCCAACCACUCCACCCACUCCUACGACUACCGCGCCUUCCUUCUCCUCGGCGGCCGCCUCGUCCCGGCCUCGUUCGCCGUCGUCAACGUCGGCCCCGGAUUCCGGGACCAGUACCACGCCUUCACCGCCGAGUCGCCCAUGCCCUGGCUGCCGUCGGCUCCGGCGCCAGGGCACGCUCACACCAUCGGGGAGCAGAAGGCGGUGGAUGAAAUGGUCGACGGGUUUGGGGUCAGGAGGCUGCAGGGGGUCCUCGGCUCUGCGGCGGGGCAGGCCGCCGAGAUGGAUGAGAUGUAUGCAGGGGUGCUCAGGAAGCUGGAGAAGCUCGCCAGGGAGGUGGAGAAGAGCAAUCUCCGUGUGCUCGAGCAGGAGAAGCGGAACCUGGUGCUGAGGUAUAAAUAUGCUGGAAUGGAGUAG